AACGCAUUUCUUCAAUGCUGUCUUAUUGCCUAGAUUACAUACUGUUCAACGGCUGGCUGGCAGUUUUCGGGGACAAGCUGGAAGACCACCACAAACGCUCGAAUUGCAAUAAAAGGCACUGCAAGAACUGCCGGGUACAGCGUGUAGUGAAGAGGAUUAAGAGGGCCAAGUUCCAUGUCGUUUUGGCAAUUAUGACCAUAUCGCAUAAGACUCUGUGCAAGGCCCUUAUGGAGGCUCGUCUUCGGGGCGUUCAGGUGCGCAUCGCAACGCCCAAGAAGAUGCUCUCGGCCCGGGACCUGGUGACAAGGCAACUCUUGAUGUAUAUCCACUCCGUAGAUCACAGUGAGGUUCCCAUCAUCAAGUGCGUCUUUCUCGACGGCAAUCGGAUCAUUUUGCGUAUGGAUGACGAACUUCUAUUGCUCAUGCGGCGCCUGCUGAUCGAUGAGAAUUUAUUCAGUUAUUAUUUUUGGUACUUUGGGUAUCUGUGGCAUGGUGAAUACUUCGAACCUCUGGAUAUACCGACUGCAGCUUAAUUUGUGAUCAAAGAAAUACAACCAAAGAUGCUUCCUCCAGGGAACAAUUAAAUUGAAUGGAACUAGAGUCAAA